AAAAAAUAAUAAAAAAACUCUGCCCUUCUUUUGUUGCUCCCCAAAACUUCUUGUGCUCGUUCAGUCGUUCUUUCAGACUUUCAGUCAUGCUCGCAACUACCUAGUAAGUUUUCAAUUGCUCUUUCCAGUUUCAAAGACUAAUCCCUACUUUAAGUUUCAAACUUUUAAUUAUCUUUCAAAAUUUCGGACGAAUUUUGAGAGACAUGACCACCGGACUCCGGCUCCGGCACCAGAACAAGCAACUAGUCCCCUCCGGCGGCCGACCUCACAUCGAAUCCGAUGAUCUUCUUAUCGACAUACUAUCAAGACUCCCAGUCAAAACCCUAAUCCAAUUCCGCUGCGUUUGCAAGUCCUGGCGUGCUUUGAUCUCCGAUUCUCACUUGGUUACGAUGCACCUCCGCCGCUCCAACCGCCGCUGCAGGCUGCUUUUCUCACUCGCACCUUUCCAGUCCAUUGACAUCAGUGCACUAAACGACGCCGUUUGCAGCGUCUCAAGCACUAGCCUUGAUUUACCUAUCCCUGUUGAAACUUUGAAAAUUGUGGGUUCUUGCAAUGGCUUGAUUUGUUUACUGAAAAAUUCGUCUUUCGUUAUCUUUUGGAACCCUAGUACUAGAGUCACCAGAUUCUUACCGAUGCCGAAUCACUCUCAUCUGGGUAUCGUAGUGUUUUAUGGGUUUGGUUACGAUUCCACCAUUGAUGACUACAAGGUUGUAUUUGGCUGCAGAGGCCAAAGAAAUGGUGCUCUUGCAACCGCAGUCGUGAUGUUUCAGCUCAAAACAGGGUCAUGGAGGAUUAUCGAUGGCCUCGAUUAUGUUAAUUUGAAUGGGCAGGGGUGCUUGAUAAAUGGUGCUCUACAUUGGGUCGAGAUGAAAUGGGAAGCGGGGGUGACGAUUCGGCCGGUACUUAGUGCAAGGAUCAUGUGUUUUGAUUUAGCAGAGGGGACAUUUCGGGAGUUGAUUCCAUUGUCAUAUCUUAGUCGGGAAUAUAUCUCUGCUCGGAUUGGGAUUGCUGAAAAUAGUCUCUUUGUAUAUAUCUAUAACAGCAGUGAAAUUACAAUGUGGGUGAUGGGAGAAUCUUGGACUAAAGUUAUGCAAAUUCCCACAGAAAUACCUCAACUUCCUAUUGGAUAUUGUUACAGUUUUUCUACUCCUAUAUGCAUUUUAGAGAACGGUGAAGUUUUGAUGAAUUCUAAUGGGAAGUACUUGGUGCUGUACAGUCCAAACGGAGGGGCAUGUGUGAAUGUUCUUGAGACUCCUGUUGAUUUGGCACCGGAACCAGCUAUGUAUGUGGAGAGUUUAGUUUCGCCGUUUAAGGAAAAUAUCUGAAAUCAAACCUUACCUGUUGGUGGCUAAUAGUUGAAGACAAAGGGGUGGAGAGAACUGCUUUUGCUUUUGAGUGAGUUGAAGAAAAAGCGCCACUUGUGGAAAAACAGAAAAUAUGAAGAAGUUAAGCAUCCCCUAGUUGAAAUUCAAGGUGGGACUCGGCAAGAGGGUGGAGAGAAUUGUGUCUCAACUUGAAAAUGAGUUCCGAAGUGAAAGCAGUUACUGAUCUCUCCCUAUUUCGUACUUCUGCGAAACAUCAAUAUGUACAGGAUUACAGGUUUUUGUUUAUGAAUAUUGUAGUAACAACGAGAUUUCUCGUCUCUA